UCACUGAUACUCUCACACACACAACUGGAAGAACGUGUUUACAGUCACUGUAUUCUCUCCUCUCUACCUGACGAGACUAUCCUGGAUAUAUAGAAAACUGGGAAUGCAAACCAUCUUUAUUUGUUUGAACUGCUGUUUUUUUGGACUCAAGGACUGAGUUUUUGAGGACUGUGAGUUUUUGAGGACUGUGAGUUUUUGAAGAAGGAAUGUUGAAACUUUCCUUUCUAGUAAAUAUUUUAUUGCUCUUCUCUCCCUGCGUCUGCUACUGUUCCUGUCGAUGACAUACUGCACUUUUGGACAACCUUAGAACGACCUAGACCAUUAACUUUGCAAGUUAGUCCGUUCUGUUUUUGGACAUUUACAAACUACACUCAACCAUGCCGGUGGUCAAAGUGGAGAAAGACAGUCCUUCUGAGAUCUCCCUGCCUGCUCCCAACCCCCCUCAUACGACCACGACAGUAUCGGAUGAACCGUCACGGGGCCGUCGCAGGAAGAGACCCCUCCAGCGAGGAAAGCCCCCCUACAGCUACAUCGCCCUCAUCUCCAUGGCGAUAGCCAACUCGCCCAACCAUAAGCUGACCCUGGGCGGCAUCUACAAGUUCAUCACGGAGCGGUUCCCCUUCUACCAAGACAACUCCAAGAAGUGGCAGAACUCCAUCCGCCACAACCUCACCCUCAACGACUGCUUCAUCAAGAUCCCUAGGGAGCCAGGGAGGCCCGGGAAGGGUAACUACUGGGCCCUGGACCCCAACGCAGAGGACAUGUUCGAUAGCGGCAGCUUCCUCCGGCGCAGGAAGAGGUUCAAGCGCUGUGACUUUACGACCUACACGUCAUAUGUACAUGAGUCCCCUGUCUUCUCGCCUGUCCAGAUCGCUCGCUCGACCUACUCCAGCUCCGUCUACGGCUCCAAUAUGGCGGUGAGUCCCCCGUACGGCCAGCAUGGUCAGCUACCCUCUGCCUACUACCCAUCCUCCUCGCCCCCCGGGUUUGGUCCUCACUGCCAGUCCCACUCCCGCAUGUUCAGCAUCAACACAAUCAUAGGGCACCCCUCUGGGGGUCAGGGGCCCGAGAUGAUGCAGCAGCCCAGCCGGAGCUUCAGUCCGGAGGGAGGCCCCGCUGGGGGCCCCAGCCACUGUAACCUUGGAGCCCCAGCCUUCCAGGCCCAGUCAUGUGGAGGGGCCAUGCUGUCCCGCUCCUCGGCCCAUGUGGGGUUUCCCUACUCGGGCCCCAAUGGACACCACCACCACCCACACCACCACCCACCUCAGGGCUCCUACAGCCAGGGACACAGCCAGGGGUAUGGAGGUUCAGGGCGCCUCCACUCCCACUCCUCACCCCACAUGGCUGGAGAUGCUGUGGAGCAUUAUGGGAGAGUGUCCCCGGGUCAGUUGGGCUCUUUGGUCCAGUAUAAUGGUGCAGGUACCACCAGCACUGGAGCCUACCUAAGACACCCCACGUACUCGGGGAACAUGGAUAGGUUCGUGUCUGCCAUCUGAGGAACUGUCUUCAAAGAAUUAUGCAUUGGGUUGGUUUUUAGGACAGAACAGUUUCAGUGGACUUUUCCGUUUCAGUCGGCGGCUGUGAGAGACACUGGUGAUAAUGGGAUGGCAUGACUCAAAAGGAAAAGACUAAAGGACAUAAGAUGAACAGGAUUCUUCCGUCAUGUUUUGGUGUGUUAUUUUGACUUGAAUCAAUGUGCAUGUUUUGAGAUAUAAAAUGUCCUUAAUUCAGUGGCUGUGACAAAUAUGAUAUGGACUGCAAUACAAUGUAAACACGCUCAAGUAUCAAGUGCAAUGCUCAGGACACUACAUUGUUAAAUAUACAUUGUUUAAAUCCAUAUCAUGAUGCACCAUAAUGUGUGUACAGUUGAGAUUUGAGUUUAAAGGUUAAAGUAUGUGUCUGGACUUGUAUCACUUUGUAGCUUCAUCGAGUGUAUCUCAAAAGCUUGAAUGAGGUUUUGCCGUUCGUUUUCUUUACUGUGGUGAAAAUCUGUGGUUGCAAAAGCUCAAUUUUCAUGAGUUGAAUGUGUGCAGGGUCUUUUUUAUGUAAAUGUCUAAAUAUAUUUGUAAUGAAAUUUAAACUGUGUAAAUUAUUGUUUCAUGUUGUGCAUUUGAUAAAGAUUUUUUUGAAAAAAAUG